GAUGCACUGUAUGUGUGUAUAUGUUAGCUAUAGUAAGCUAUCUUGGACGACUUUCACCAGGGAACUUCCUCUCAACUCGUCUGCGCGAGUUACGUCAUAUUUUGGUGCCGGCGCAAGAUUAUGACUUCAUCCCGAACCCGGAACAAACAACGUAGAAACAACGUGAUUAACUCUGUAGCAGACGCAACAAGAGAGCGAUCGUCUGUGUUUUGCCCAGAUUAUUAAGCGCAUUUACAGAAGGGGUCUAAACGGAAUGGCACUGAACAAAUCCAUGCAUCCUCGAAAUCGUUAUAAGGACAAACCACCAGAUUUUGCAUACCUGGCUUCCAAGUAUCCGGAUUUUCAGAAGCAUGUACAGACUACAUUAUCCGGCCGGGUGAUGCUGAAUUUUAAGGACCCUGAGGCAGUGCGUGCUCUCACAUGCACACUGCUGAAGGAAGACUUUGGCUUGAAUAUUGAGAUUCCUUUGGAGCGGCUCAUCCCUACAGUCCCACUGCGCCUCAACUACAUCCACUGGGUGGAGGAUCUGACCGGAGCACAGGGUAGUCCAAGCAGGGGCAUCGAUAUUGGUACAGGGGCCUCCUGUAUCUAUCCCCUGUUGGGAGCCUCAAUGAAUGGCUGGUACUUUCUCGCAACAGAGGUGGAUGACAUCUGCUAUAAUUACGCUAAGAAAAAUGUUGAACAAAACAAUAUGGCAGACCUGAUAAAAGUGGUGAAGGUGCCCCAAAAGACCUUGCUAAUGGAUGCACUAAAGGAGGAGUCGAUAGUGUAUGAUUUCUGCAUGUGCAAUCCUCCUUUCUUCGCUAACCAGUUAGAGGCAAAGGGAGUCAACUCGAGGAAAUCCAUCAGAGCCCCGCCCAGCUCCAUCAACACGGGGGGAGUGACCGAAAUCAUGGCUGAGGGGGGUGAGCUGGAGUUUGUGAAAAGGAUUAUCCAUGACAGUGUGCGGCUUAAGAGGAGACUCAGAUGGUACAGCUGCAUGCUGGGGAAAAAGUGUAGUCUGGCACCCUUGAAGGAGGAGCUGAGAAAACAAGGGGUCCCCAAGGUAACACACACUGAGUUCUGUCAGGGGCGCACCAUGCGCUGGGCUCUGGCCUGGAGCUUCUACGAGGAUGUGACGAUGCCAUCUCCGCCAAAUAAGAAGCGUAAGCUGGAGAAGCCACGUAAACCGCUGACCUUCACCGUGGUAGAAGCCACUGCAGCAGAACUGCACUCUCAAGCCCUCAGCAUCGGCCAAACACACACCAGCCAUGUGGAGAGCGUCACCUACUGGUUGGAGAGCAUACUCACAGACCUGAAGGUGUUGCACAACCGCGUGCCCUCCUGCGACUCUGAACUCAGACUCUUCCUGACUGCUGUGGAGAACACCUGGAUCCAUGCUCGUCAGAGACGCCGACAGCAUCGUGAGCUGCCCAAAGCCCCAGAGCCUGACACUCCCACUGCCGACAGCCUGGACCCGACGCCAGCACAGGACCUUACAGAUCAUCCCAGUAUUGGAGAAGAAUCCAAGGCAAAGCAGGCCUCUGAAAAGGAUACAGAUGUCCCCUGUAAGACCUCCAGCACACAGGAACAGGGGUCCAGUGCCUCUACUAUUUUCCCAAACUCCAGCUCAGUCCACAACUUCCUGUUUAAAUGCCUGCUGAAUGUGAAGGUGGAGGACAGAGAUGUGUUGGUUGAGAUGCACUGGGUGGAGGGUCAGAAUAAAGACCUGAUGAACCAGCUAUGUACAUGCAUUAAGAACUCACUCUUUCGCCAAGUAGCCAAGUCCAUUUAACCCCGUCCAUUUUAACAUCUUUUCUGCUUUUCCUUUUUAUCAUCUGAUUUCAUGAACAGAGUCCCAUCUGAGGUAUGAGCCAUACUAAAGUUUAGACUUUCUGUAAGUCUGCCGUUCUGUACUAGUAGUGGUGAAAGACAGUGAUGAAGUUUGUUUUAUUGAAUGUUUGUUUGUCUUUAUUACAUUUAUAAUAAACAUUUUAAUUGUU